AUGUCUUCGGCACUCACAACCCCCAUAUUCAUGCCGCCCUUCAAAAUUUACGGCCAAAACACGCCAACCGUAACAGUAAUAUCCGCCAACCCAACCGCCACCACUCUGCAAAUCGUCUGCUUGGGGCAAGAAUGUGCUAGCACGACUGUCAACAACACCGUCGUCAUAGGGCCAUGGGCUGACAAGACUGUCGUCAAGGGUGCUGCCUCGACGGGCACGUUUCACUGGAUGGUAUCUGUGUCCGACUUUGGGGUCAGUUCAAUCGAGUGCCUUGUGAGCAGCGGAACAGCAAAGGCUUGUACAACGGCUGCUAUAGCGGACGGUGAAAGCUUGAUAAAUACUGCUACGGGGUUGGAAGACAUUACGGAGGCGUUUGAGCUGUCUUUUUCGUCGGUGCCUGUUAUUAUUACCAAGGGACAAGACUUGCUCGGGUCGUCCCAAGCUACGGCUACUGUUGCGAAAGAGCAAACCUCUGUUGAAACUACAGGGAGUGAGAGUACUGCGAAGGAUGGACCUACAGCCACUGGAAGUUCAGCUGAUGCUGCUUCGCCGCAAGAAACAAAUGGGGCAAGUUCGAGUGCUAUUCGAAUUAUUGGUGCGAUGAUGAUAGCUGCGAUCUCAUCUGCGAUUGUGCAGUUUUAG